AUGAGGCCGGUGCUGGACCUGCUGCUCUUCCUGGCCACGCUGCUCUACUCCUACCUGGAGGCGCUGCUGAAGCUCUUCGUGCCCGUGCGCAAGAAGUCGAUCAGCGGCGAGCUGGUGCUGGUGACGGGCGCCGGGCACGGCGUGGGCAGAGCCACUGCCUUCGAGUUCGCCAAGCAGCACAGCAGGUUGGUGCUGUGGGACAUCAACCAGCACGGCCUGGAGGAGACAGCAGCACAAUGCCAGAAACUGGGAGCCACUGUCCAGACCUUUGUGGUGGACUGCAGCAAGAGGGAGGAGAUCUACAGUGCUGCAGAGAAGGUGAAGAAGCAGAUUGGGGAUGUCUCCAUCCUGGUGAACAACGCUGGGGUGAUCACAGCUGCUGACCUGCUCUCCACUCAGGACCACCAGAUCCAGAGGAUGUUUGAAAUCAACAUUUUUGCUCACAUGUGGACCACCAGAGCCUUUCUGCCAGCCAUGAUGGACACCAACCACGGCCACAUUGUCACUGUGGCCUCAGCAGCAGGGCACUUGGUGACUCCUUUCAUGGUGGCUUAUUGCUCCACCAAGUUUGCUGCAGUUGGGUUUCACAAAGCCCUGACCGAGGAGCUGGCUGCCCUGGGGAAGGAUGGCAUCAAAACCACCUGCCUGUGCCCAGUCUUUAUCAACACUGGCUUUGUCAAAAACCCCAGCACCAGGCUGGGGAAGGUCCUGGAGGUUGAGGAAGUCAUUGAGGCCCUGAUGGAAGGAGUCCUGACCAACAAGAAGAUGGUUUUUGUUCCACCACAGCUAAGCUUUGCUUUGCUCUCUGAGAUGCUGCUUCCAGAACGUGCUGUGAAUCUUCUGAAGAAGCUGACUGAGGUCAAGUUUGAUGCAGUUGUUGGGCAGAGAAGCACCCAGUGA